AUGAUCUUAAAUCCUUCAAACUUUGGUGGGGGAGGUCCAAUGUUACAGCAUUCAUCAUCAUCAGCUGCUUCUGGUGCUGGUCCUUCUUGCUCAUCAAUACCAUCACAACCUCAAAGUCAAGUUUCUUCUCAACAAAUGUUUGGAUCGCCACCAUCUCAAGCAACAACAGUCAAUACUUUAUUGGAUGGAUACAAUCCAAAUCCAUUCCGUUCAACAAAUCCUCCAAACAAAACUGGUGGUCAAGGUAGUGGACAACAACAGUUUUCAUCAAAUGAUGGAAUGCCCCUUCCUGAACCGCCAGCAACUACUAGAGAUUGGCAUGCUUCUAUAACUCCUGAUUUGAGAAAUCAUUUGGUUGGAAAAUUGGUUAAGGCUAUUUUUCCAUCGCCCGAUCCUGCUGCAAUUCAUGACCAACGCAUUCGUGAUUUAAUCACAUAUGCUCGAAAGGUCGAAAAAGACAUGUUCGAACAAGCGCCAGAUAAAGAAGCUUAUUAUCAUAUGUUAGCAGAAAAAAUUUACAAAAUUCAAAAAGAAUUGCAAGAAAAGAAAAACCGAAGAUUAAAUGAACAACAAAAUCAACAACUUGGAGGAGGACAAUUACAACAACAGGCAGAUUUACAACAACAUCAUCAAGCAUUGAUACAUCAACAAUCAGUACAUAUUAGAGAAAUAAAGCAAGAACCAAAAGGUGAACAACAACAGCCUCAAGGGAAUCAACCAAUGUUAAAUUUUGUUGAUCAAAUACCUAAUAAACGUCCAAAGAUUGAGGAACCUGAUAUUCCAUCAACCUCAGAACUAUCAUUAUCAAUUAAAAUGGAAUUAACUAAUAAUACUAACACCAACAUAUUUCCAUCAACAUCUUCAGAAUCUGCUUCAACUAUUACUACUAAUAGGCGUCCUACAACACCUAAAGAAUCUAAGCCAAGCACUUCAACUGCUCCUCCUGAACCUAUAAUUCGUGAUCCAAAGAUAUUUAGUGCUAAUGAAUUGCGAAGCCAUUUAUUACCAGUAUGGCAAAAAUUGUGGGAUACUGAACCUGAAUGUAUCCCUUUCCGUUUACCUGUAGAUCCGGAGUCGUUAAACAUUCCGGAUUACUUUGAUAUUAUUAAAAAUCCAAUGGAUCUUAAAACAAUAAAAGAUGGGCUAGAUCAAGGAAAAUAUAAAAAUCCAUGGGAGGUUUGUGAUCACAUGUGGCUAAUGUUUGAAAAUGCUUGGCUCUACAAUCGUAAAAACACAAAAGUCCACAAAUGGUGUACUCGUUUAAGCGAAAUAUUUAUUGAAGAAAUUAAUCCAGUAAUGAGACAAAUGGGUUAUUGUUGUGGUCAAAAACUUUCAUUUACUCCAUUAGUUCAAUUUUGUUUUGGAAUAACUAAAAAUAAUGCUGCUUGUGUUAUUGCUAGAGAUCAACCAUAUUUUAUGUAUGAAUGUAGUUCUAGCGGUUUUGGUGUUACUGUUGCUGAAAAAUAUAUUUAUUGUGUUAAAUGUUUUGAAGCUUUGCCUGAAAAGGGAAUUAAUUUGAAUGAAAAUACUUCUGAUCCUCCAAAUUGGAUACCAAAAACAAUGUUUCAAAAAAUGAAAAAUGAUCAAGUUGAUAUGGAACCUUUUGAUAAUUGUUUAAUUUGUGAUAGAAAAUGGCACCGAAUAUGUGCAUUAAAUAAUCGCAAAAUAAAUCCUGAAGGAUUUAUUUGUGAACAAUGUCGUGUUGAAAAAAGUAGACCACGCCCAGAAAAUAAAUUUACUGCCAAAAAAUUGCCACAUUGCCAAAUUAGUCGUUAUAUUGAAGACAGAGUUAACAACUUUUUGAGACAAAAACUAGAUGAAAAUGAUCCUGAAAUUGAAGUUAUAAUUCGUGUUCUUUCAAGUUCUGAUAAGGAAGUUGAAGUUAAACCUCAAAUGUUGAAAAAGUAUGGAGCCUCUGGUUAUCCUGAACGUUUUGCUUACCGCUCAAAAGCCAUUUUUGCAUUUGAAGUUUUGAAAGAUCCAGACACUGGUAUUUCAACAGAAGUUUGUUUCUUUGGUUUGUAUGUCCAAGAAUAUGGAACUAAUUGUGCUCAACCAAACCAAAGACGUGUUUAUAUCGCCUAUCUAGAUUCUGUUCAUUUCUUCCAACCGAGGCAUUUGAGAACUUCUGUUUAUUAUGAAAUUCUUUUGGGAUAUUUGCAGUAUGUCAAACGUCUUGGUUAUACAAUGGCACAUAUUUGGGCAUGCCCUCCUUCAGAAGGCGACGAUUAUAUAUUUCAUUGUCAUCCAACUGAACAAAAAAUUCCAAAACCUAAAAGAUUACAAGAUUGGUACAAAACAAUGUUAAAUAAUGGAAAUGAAGAAGGAACAGUCUAUAGCUAUAAAGAUAUAUUUAAUCAAGCAAAAGAUGAUGGACUUGACACGCCAACGAGAUUACCUUAUUUUGAAGGAGAUUAUUGGCCUAGAAUAAUAGAUGAAUGUAUACAAAGUGCAGAAAAAGAUGAAGAAAUUGAUAAAAGAAAAGCUUUACAACAAGCACAAACGGAAGAUUCGUCCAACCUUUCGGAUGACGACACAUUCCAAACAGAUGAUGGAUUACCAGUUAAAAAACAACAAAAGACAAAUAAUAAUAAUCAUAAGAAGAAGAGUAACCUUAAAAAAUCAGCGCAAAAUACAAAAAAGAAGGGAGGUGUAACAACAGGCAAUCCUGUUGUUGAUCGUUUAUUUCAACAAUUGGAGAAGCAUCGCGACGUUUUCUUUACUAUUCGUUUAUUCUCUGUCCAUGAUGAACAAAUUAUUAUUGGACAAAAACCGAGAAUUGAAGAUCCGGAUCCUUUAAUUAGUUGUGAAUUGAUGGAUACGAGAGAUAAUUUUUUGGCAAAAUCGAGAGAUGAACAUUGGGAAUUUAGUCAAUUAAGAAGAGCAAAAUGGUCAACUCUCAACUUUUGUUAUACUUUACAUACACAAGAACAAGAAAACAAAGGGUUAAGUUAUACUUGCAAUGUUUGUGAACAACCAGCCUCUUAUCAUUGCAAUACUUGCGAUGAUUACGACCUCUGUGAAUCCUGCAAAACAAAAAUUGACCAUCCUCACGAUAUGGAAAAAUUAUCACUUGUUGAAGAAAAAGCAUCUUCUGAUGCAUCCGCCGUUUCAAGAAAUGAGUCUAUAAAGAGAUGUAUUACUUCUCUUGUUCAUGCCUGCACAUGCCGGGAUGUAAAUUGUCGUCGUGGAACUUGUCACAAAAUGAAAAGGGUUAUUUCGCACACAAAGGCGUGCAAAAGAAGAGCAUCUGCUGGGGCAAAUUGUGCUGUUUGUAAACAAUUGAUUGCUCUUUGUUGUUAUCAUGCAAAACAUUGUACACAGCCAAAAUGCCAGGUUCCAUUUUGCCAACAAAUUCGACAAAAAUUGCAAGAACAAAAACGAUCUCAAAAUCGUCAAGCUGAAAGAAUGAUGCAAAGAAGAAUGAUGAAAUUACAAAGUUCAGGAGGUGGUGGUGGUGGAAUGAAUGGAAGUGGUGUUGGGGGUGGUGGAGUAGCUAUUCCUUCAAGCAAUAUAUCAACAUCACAAGGAGGUGGAGGACCUCAAAUGGGCGGUGGAUGGGUACAACCUCCUUCCCAGUCACCUCUUAUGGCAGGUCAACCUGUUUAUGGCUCUUCACAAAUACAACAACAACAUAUAGGAGGAGGAAUUCAAUCAAACCAAGUUAUUCCAUCAAGUAUGCAACAACAAUCACAUUUGCGUUUAAAUGGUCCAGCAGAAUUUCAUCAUAUUCAAAAUCAAUUACAAAAUCGUAUGGUUAACUCCCCUCCUAUUGGUGGACAACAACAAUCUGGAAGUAGUUAUCAUCAACAAAUAAUUGGAGGACCAAAUUCCCAUCCUCAUCAAAUGCCACCGGGCGUCGGAGGAGCGAGUAUUCAUCGAGUUCCCUCAGCUGGUACAAUUCACCAACAACACCCAUUAAUCUCUCAACAACAACAAAUAAAUCCUCCUUCUUAUGGCAUUCGUCCAAGUCCAAGCCAACAACAACAAAAUUUGUCUUUUGUUCAACAGCAACAACAACAAAUGGGACAGCAACAUAGACCUCAACUGCAACAUAGAUUUCAACAUUCACAGCAACCACCUCAACGUGGUGGAGGAGGUGAGAAGACGAAGAGAUAUUUUCGAAAUAAUUUUUGA